UGCCAUCUUCCAUCUCUCCCAGAUCGCAAUGGCUUCUCCUCCUCCAACAACAACGCACAUUUUCUUUCUCACCCUUUUCCUCCUAACAUUUCCCUCCCACCAAACACCCUCCUGGCCAAAAGCCUUUGUCCUUCCACUCUCCAAACAUGCUCCAUCUCUUCAAUACACAACUCUCAUCCACCAAGGAACCCCUCCUGUCCCAGUUCACCUUGUCCUCAAUCUCAAUGCCCAACUCCCAUGGGUGGGAUGUGGUGCCAACUACAAUUCCUCCUCGUACCAGUCACUACAUUGCCUCUCACCCCAAUGCUCUCUGGCCGAAUUCUCCGACACUGGCUAUUGCACCAAGCAACACUCAUGCUUCAAUGACACUUGCAUUCUCCUACUGAAAAAUGCUUUCAAUGGCAAACUCUCCAAGGGAGAGCUCGGCCAGGAUGUGCUCCGCCUCCCGUCGACCGACGGCUUCCAUCCCGGACCGCCUGUUUCCGUCCCCCGGUUCCUCUUCUCCUGUGCCCCAGACCCAGAGUUUCUUCAUGGGCUGGCUAGUGGUGCUAAAGGAUUGGUUGGUCUUGGACAUGGGCACAAUGGGUUACCAUCGCAGCUUUCCUCUGCAUUCAACUUGACCCGGAAGUUCGCGGUGUGCCUCCCACCUUCAGCCGAUACAGAUGGGGUCCUCUUCUUCGGAGAUGGGCCUUAUGUUCUUCUUCCCAAUAUAGAUGUUUCCAAGUUACUCAUCUACACUCCCCUCAUUGUAAAAAGUCCUUUGAGUUGUUCAUAUGAGUACGCCAUUAGAGUUAAGUCCAUCAUGAUCAAUGGGAAAAAGACAAGGACCGUGCUCUUGAACUCAUCUUUGUUGUCGGUGGAUCAGAUCGGGCGCGGCAGAACAAAGAUCAGCACAAUUGAUCCUUACACUGUUUUGGAAACUUCUAUAUAUAAUUCUUUUACGAAGUUAUAUGUUGAAGAGGCCAUGGCAGGCGCAGAUGUUACAAGAGUGGCGCCCGUAGCGCCAUUUGAGGUUUGUUUUAGCGCAAAAACUGCGAAUGGAAGUGUGGUUAGGCCAGGCAUGCCAGUCAUAGAUCUUGUGUUCCAGAGUAAAAAAGUGUUUUGGAGAAUCUUCGAAACUAAUUCGAUGGUUGCAGUGCGCGAGGGGGUUUCGUGCUUAGCAUUCUUGGAUGGAGGCUUGAAUCCAAGUGCAUCCAUCGUUAUCGGAGGCUACCAAUUGCAGGACAAUUUCAUACAAUUUGAUUUGGAGUCAUUGAGGUUUGGUUUUACUUCUUCACUGCUGUCGAGGCAGACAAGUUGUGCUAAUUUUGACUUUUCAACUGGUGUUUGAUUGAUCUCCUCUUCUAGUAGAGGAAACAAACCUAGUGUUUUUCUUUCCUCUUCUUUUUUUGGUCAGCACAUGUAGGUGGAGAAGACACAAUAGAUUUCAGCACAUGGGAUGACAGAAAAGAUAUCUCAAUCAUACUUCUUUUGUCCUUGGAAAAUGGUUAAUUGGCAAUUAAAGGAA